UUGUUUUCAUAGGUGUUCCCUGAUGGGCUUUGAUUUAAAUCGGCACUGGGUAGAUCCCUCUCCUUGGGCUCAUCCUACACUGCAUGGUGUCAAGCAACUUAUUAUUCAGAUGUACAACAAUCCGAAAGUUACCCUGGAAUUCUAUAUCGACAUCCAUGCUCACUCCACUAUGAUGAAUGGCUUUAUGUACGGGAACAUUUUUGAAGAUGAAGAAAGAUUUCACAGACAGGUUAUCUUCCCGAAGCUACUCUGUCAGAAUGCUGAAGACUUCUCCUUUUCAAGCACUUCCUUCAAUCGAGAUGCUGUCAAGGCAGGCACGGGGCGUCGCUUCCUUGGUGGCUUGCUGGAUGACACUUCUUACUGCUAUACCCUGGAAGUCUCAUUUUACAGUUACAUAGUUGGGGGAACUACUUCUACAGUCCCAUAUUCAGAAGAAACAUGUAUCCUUUAA